AUGUCUACGUCGAUGGCAAAAUCGUCUCUUCCGUCUCAACCAACCGGGAAAAUAUUCUAUAUCUCCAUCGAGUGCGCCUCGGGCAACUGCCCCAACCAUCCAGCCCACAGCUGGAAAGAUGUAUCUAUUGUGCUUAGCACCGCCGAUCCAGGUUUUGAGCAUGCAGGAAACUGGGCACAUGGUGCCACUGGAGGGGCGAUGUCGUCACCUGACAAUGGCAAAACCUGGAAUUUCGACACAAUUGACAUCCCAGCCCAAAAGGCUGAGUAA